CUUCCACCGAAUAAUUAGCGCCACUGUCGAUAAGAUGAGCGAAACCGAAGCAUGGCCUGUUUCCUGCAUCCAUGUGCUACUAGUCCGAGGUUGACUCUGCACCAUACUCAUCAUCAUGGAGGAAUCCAAGGAUAUUGCCGAACCUCCCUUACUCAUCUUUGAAAAACCUGAAUUCGAGGUGGAAAUCACUGGAACACAUGCUGUCGCAGCCCCGGUGGACCACGUGGCUGCAUUCAAGCGAUGGAUGAAUAGCUUCCGUUCCAGGAAGGGCUGCCACCCUUCCGAAAGAUAUAUUGAAGGCUGGCCAGAGGACAUCACACAAGAUAAGCGGGACCUCAUCCCUGACCUGUCAUCCUUGCAUGAGAUUCAGGAAGUACAAGAGAAACAGUGGGAAUGCUUAUCCCGCCAUUCAUCAACCCUGGGAACUGUGAAGACUGCUACCCUAAGUAUUGCUAGUCAAAGCGUUGUAAGAUCGAGGGGAACUACACAGAGCACGACAAAUCAGAGUAUAAGGUCCGAUGUUCGUGAAUCCUUGGACAGCCUAAGGCCCACGUUGAGCUCCCCCAUCGAUGAGGAGGCUCAGCAUCGGGCAAUCAAGAGGCGCCGUGUUCUCCGAGAACUGAUUACCACUGAAUGUGACUAUAUUUUCGGCCUGAAGGCACUUGCUGAUGCGCUCUUCAUCGUAUCCGUCAGACCGGAGAUCUACCAUAAUAUUCAGCAGAUCCGCGAAACACACGAGCACUUUCUGGCAAAGAUUCGAAAGUUGACCUCGAUCUCAAACCUUGCGGGGGCUGAGUUCGAUAGUUUGAUGCCCCAGGGGCUCCACAAGCGCCUAAGUGCAAUUGACUUUGGACUCCGAGCCUUUCAUAACAAGUCUCUGAGAUCACGCAGCUUUAGGGCUUCAGUGGACUCCCGUCUUAAGGCGUUGGCUGCACAAACCAAAGAGGCUUUGCAGGUCGCGCAAGAAGUAGGGAAUUUGUCCAAGUCUUUCACGGCCUACAAGUUAUUCUUCAAGAACUACAACUUACUGACAACGGAUGUCUCUGUUCUGCGCAAUACUAUACCAAAUUGGCGUAUCUUUGACCAGGGAAUUGAGGCUCUUUCGAAGUCUGUUGCAUCAGUGGAAAGGCAGACACAAGAGGGAAACAAGGCUAUGUCUUUGAACGACCUUGUUAUCAAGCCAGUCCAACGUCUGUGCAAAUACCCCCUGUUACUUGAGGAGUUGCUACGCUGGACGCAUAUCCAAGACGACCCAACCGCCCAUGACGGUAUUCGGCAGGUGCUCGAAGGGGUCCGUGUGGUGGUGCGUGAUAUCAAUUACGGGACUGUCAGUCCUAUCGACAAUGGACUAGUCAACAAGACUCUGUCAUUGCAGGGAUUCAUGGAUCUAUCCACAACGAACGCGGUCAGUGAUGCUUACAAACAGCUGGGCCCAUUGACCCUUUGCGGCGUUCUGCAUAUUACAUACCAGACCUCAGCCCAUAUUAUCGGUGGCUACAUGGUCUGCAUUCUUUUCCCUUAUCAUCUGUUGAUUGCCAAACCGACCGAUGAUUACCGGAAAAUCCAAGCAGUGGCGUGCCUGUAUAUUCCCGACAUGAAAAUCGAUUCAUUGAGGAACGGAGAAGUAGGACUUCAUUGUUAUGGGUGCUUGUUUUCCUGGAAGUUGACGUUUCAACACCUCGACGAGAAUUUCGAGUUGGUGCUUAGUGCAUCAUCGGCAUGCGAGGAAAAGAAAUGGAAGACGGAGAUACUCAAGUCUGCUGCCGCAAUGGCUCAUAUACAGAAGCCAGUUUUGGCGAAGCUCAAAGAGCACUCAUUUUUGUCUCUCGAAUUAACUCCAUUGACCUGCGGUAACGGUCCAACGCCUCCAUUGCCUCGUCGGCCGUCCAUGCAGGUGCUAGCCACGUCACGAACACCGCCAGAUUCGCAGAACAUCAUCAUCAAGAAGACGCAUUGUCCACAGAAGCUUCAACACUCCAGCUCACUGGAUGGUGAACUCGAGCGGCCAAAGAUGUCUGCCUUGUGCCCAGCGUUGGUACUGACAGCCAACAGGCAGGAUCGGAUCCUCCUGGAGCGUGCCAUCUCUUCCCUCUAUACACGGGAUGCCCUGCCAUACCCUGGCAUGAGUCUGGGAACAGGCGACUAUUUCAAUCCUGGAUCCAUUAUGAGACAUUUGAGCCUCCGGCCGGGAUUAUACCGACGCUCCAGCUGUGUGACUCUAAGCACAGGUGGGGUUUCUACUGUGUCUAGUAUAGGAAUGAUCCGUACGGUUGAGAAAGACAGCAAAAAGCUGGCCAAGAGCCAGGACAGAACGCUACGGAAUGUGUCGAAAGGCAAGCCAGCCGCAACUGACCAUGAGAAGGAAUCGGCCUUGCCGCGAUAUGGCAAGGGAGUAAUCAACCGAUCCAAGACAUGGAAGGUGAAGGUCACCAAAGGCGAGACUGCACCGGUCAGUAAGGGAAGACAGGAGUUUGGCGAGGGUUGUUCCUUGAAGGCAUCCACUAUCCGCAGGAUGUUCAAUUCGAUGUCAUCCAAGAGAUCGAAAAGACAGGUUCGCGUGGGGCUGGGGAGUGGAGCGUCGUGAAGGUGAUGAUGCAACUUGUUUGAGAUUGCCUGCGGAAUUGCAUCAGAUGGAGAGGCACAAAAUGCAUGGAAUAUGUUUGUUGUUCUUAGGGAUUCGUAUUGAUUCGAGGACUGUGGGGGGGGGAGGGGAGAUUGACCGGGGCGAAGCGAGACGUAAUUAGUAGCAUUAGCGAAAAUGCCAGAUGCGUUAGUGAUUGGAAUGAUGAUGAUGAGGGAAUUGAAUUCCAUAGCUUCUCCACCGAGGGUCCAGAAGGG